AUUCGUUCAUUCGAACGUAAGGACCAAUCAGCAUGCCAAAACAUAUUUAAGGAUGGAUAUCAAGAGUUUAUAGAGAGUAUCACAGUAAUAUAUUUAUCAUUGCUGGUAAGGUAUAUUGUCAUGGCUGCUAUAUUUGCCAUACUUGCAGCAGUAAUUUGGUCGGCAUGGAUCUUUGCUGUGUUUGUGGUGAUGGCAUGCAUGGUUUUGGCAUUCAUCUGCAUAUAUUUGCAGUUGACAGGCUGGCUCUAUAUUAAUCAUACACUGAAUUUAGGUGAUUUAAAGGACAUCGAAGAGUCCUACAUGUCGAUUCAACAGUCGCACUUGUGGGUAGCAGAGUUGAAUGGAAGAGUUGUUGGGAUGGUGGGCCUCGUUCACGAGGAAAACUUCGAACAAGGCGUCUAUGAACUCAAGCGCAUGUACGUUGUCCCGAGUUGUAGGGGCAUGGGGAUCGCUAAUAACCUGAUUAAUGAACUUAUCUCACAUGCCAAGACAAAUAGAAUAAAAUUGGUUUUCUUAAAAACAACGUCUACACUGGUGCCAGCGAUUCAACUGUACAUGAAGAAUGGUUUC